AUGACGGUAUACAUUGCUUACGAGGAUAUCUCAUACAAAGAAUGUUUGACCAGAUACGAAAAGAAAACUCGAAAUCUACUUCGCUUUGAGGAUAUGUUGAACGAGCUCACCCAGCAUAAUCUGGCAACGCUAUGGAACAUCCAUUUUGAGACUCUGAGUAAGGAUCCAGUUGGACAAUCCGGGUUGCGCCCGCUUUCUGUAUUAUCGCUCUUGACUCCAGAGAACAUCCCAUUCGAACUGCUCGAAGCCGAUGAUAAUGUAUCAUUGCCAAAAGAUUACGACGAUCUCUGUAAGGAUGAGAACGAAUUUGAGGCCACCCGCGACCUAUUAGUGAGACUGGUGCUCAUAAAGAAGCACGAGCAUUCCCUCUCCCUCCAUCGGCUCGUGCAAAAGGCAUUUUAUUUCAGCCAAUCCGGAAACAAGACCAAUCCGCGACAAGAAGCGUUUAAUACUGCUGUGAAACUUGUGAACGCAAAGUUUCCUAAGACGGGUGGAGUAGCAAGCCUUUAUGAACACUGGGAAGAAUCUACGCUUACUGUGGAUGUAGAGGCGGAGGUGUAUGCCGAGCCAAUAGAUCAUACAGAUCUACAUGAGGAUCUACAGGUCAAAGCUGCAGAGGAAUUCCAGCAGUCAGAGUGUUCCCGAUUACUUCCGCACUGCCAGUGUCUUGCUACAUCCUGUGUCAGACAGGAGUCUACACGUAAGCAUGACCGUCUCGCGAUUUUGCCGGAUUUUGAAGAGCUACUGAAGAAUUGCGCAUGGAAUUUGUACGAGAUCAGCGAAAGCCCCGAAAGCCUAACUUUGGUAGAAAUCGCGCAGCGCGCGUGUACGGAUAAGAGCAGUCUUCUUUACUCCCAGCUAUGUAACAACGCCGGCUGCGUUGACUUCGAGAUGAACCGGAAUGUGGCAUGCUACGAAAACCUUUCCAAGGCUUUGGAGAUUCGCCUGAACCUAUUGCCACACGAUCACCUUGAUAUCGCCAACACGUAUCGCAAACUAUCACUCCUCACUCGGGACAACUUCGACCACGGACAUGAGCUUGUCAAGAGUAAGCCAAAAAGUAUGCUCAGGGCAGAUAUGCUCUACAAGCGUGCAUUUGUGCAGACCCAUCUUGGUCAAUACGGGAAAUCACUGUACGACUUACGCCUGGCUAUUGCAAUCGCGGAAGAUCGUAAGGUGACUGGUCAUGUUGCUCGGUCAAUAUGGUGGAAAGCGAAUGUGGUUGAGAGGCAACCAGUUCACGAACGUUUGAAGGAGAACGAUAUCCGCAGUUUGAAAUUGCGGGCUGAGAUACUGAAAGCAGCAAUCUUAGAAGACGGAAGCCUGGGAAAUUACCUGAAAAUCUGA